CACGUGACUGACCGUCGCCCAGGUUGUGUCGGAAGCAUCCUGGUGUUAGCAGUUUGCUAGGCGCUGACAAAAAUUACAAAGUGAGAUGUAGAAAUUUUCAUAAUGGACGAAUAUAUUAGUUGGUGACUACUGGUGACAAAGAAGACAAAGAACUACCCAAACUGGCCUUUUCCAACAUGGUCAGUUCGCUGGUAGUUGAAGAGGCCAGUUAACACUGCUAACAAAACACCAGCGGUUAGCUAACGUUCAAACUUUGACGGACAAAUGCAGUCAUUUGCUAGUUAGCUGCUACCGCUACCCUGCCAAUUUACUACCACACCAGCUGGCUAGGUAACACGUCUUGUUAUUAUACGGUAGUUAGCGUUGAAGCUGUUUACACACCGACUAUAACGCGUUGUUUUGACCAGUCGCUUAUAUAACCGAAGGUUUAACGUUAUUACCAAUUAACGUCAGCUAACUUAUGAAUAAUGAGUAGUUAUUUAGCUAAUGCUAACAUUAGCAACUUAAACUGUUAGAUAAAUUUAAACUGCAGAUAACACAUACAGUUACUCAGAGUACUUAAUUAAUACCGACGAUCAUUGACACAGUAACGGAAAAAAAAAACAACAUCUUCUAAGUAGCAGGAAUAUGAAUCUUCUUUCUGAUUGAUUUCGACCAAUCACAUGAGAUAAAUAAUGCCAAACACCAGGAUGCCAAACGAGUGGGGAUUAAGGUUUGGGCAACAGCAUUGUCUGGAAUACAGCUGUCCGCUCAUUUUGAUAAUCCUUGUCUCCUUCACAAUGCAGCCACAGUAGAUUGUUUUAACUGCUGAGUGUAAAACGCAAAAUCUCCUAAAUAAGAAAACAUCAGACAAACCAAUUUCAUCGCAAAGUCUGUAGUCCACUUUUCUUUAAAAUAUGUCUGGGGACGCAUCUGAUAGUAGUGAAGACUCUGACGGAAAAACAAAUGAAAAGGCCUGUACUGUCAAGCACCAGAUCACAAAUGCUAACCUCACAGGUCACACUGAAAGAGUCGGCAUGGAGAACUUUGAGCUGCUGAAGGUCUUGGGCACUGGAGCUUACGGGAAAGUGUUUUUGGUCAGGAAGAACAGCGGCCAUGAUGUGGGCCAGCUCUAUGCUAUGAAGGUGUUAAAGAAAGCAGCUAUCGUUCAGAAGGCAAAGACAACAGAACAUACUCGCACUGAGAGACAAGUCCUGGAGCACAUCCGCCAGUCUCCCUUCCUGGUUACUCUUCACUAUGCCUUUCAGACUCAGAGCAAACUACAUCUCAUCCUGGACUAUGUGAGCGGUGGGGAGAUGUUCACUCAUUUGUACCAGCGGGAUCACUUUCCAGAAGAGGCAGUACGGAUUUAUAUUGGAGAAAUAAUUCUGGCUCUAGAACACUUGCACAAGCUUGGGAUUGUGUACCGAGACAUCAAAUUGGAAAACAUUCUUCUAGACAGUGAUGGCCAUGUGGUAUUGACAGAUUUCGGGCUCAGCAAAGAGUUUCUGGAAGAAGAUAAGGGGAGGACCUACUCUUUCUGUGGCACCAUUGAGUACAUGGCUCCUGAAAUCAUCAGAGGGAAAUCAGGACAUGGCAAGUCAGUAGAUUGGUGGAGUCUUGGGAUCCUGAUGUUUGAGUUGCUGACGGGUGCGUCUCCUUUUACCCUGGAGGGAGAGAGGAACUCCCAAAGCGAGGUGUCAAAACGUAUUUUGCGCUGUGACCCGCCGUUUCCCUCUAUGAUUGGACCCAUUGCUCAGGACCUGCUGAAAAAGUUGUUGGUGAAAGAUCCCCACAAGAGGCUGGGAUCUGGACCGCGGGGGGCUGAAGAUAUCAAGGCACAUCCUUUUUUCAAGGGACUGAACUGGGAUGACUUAGCACAAAAGAAGGUUUCAAGUCCAUUCAAGCCAGAGCUGAAGAGCGAACUCGAUGUGGGGAACUUUGCAGAGGAAUUCACUGGGAUGGAUCCUGUUUAUUCUCCAGCCAGCACACCCCCGAGCACAGAUCGUCUGUUCCAGGGCUAUUCUUUCAUUGCACCCUCCAUCUUGUUCAAUAAGAACGCAGUCAUGGGAGACUUUGUUGAAACCCAAAUUGGUGCUGACCGACCAGCUUCUGCUUCUGUCCAACGCAGCGCAAUGCUACAGGAAUCCCAGUUUUUUCAGCACUAUGAGCUGUGUUUUCAAGGACCACCUCUAGGCGAGGGUAGUUUCUCUGUGUGCAGGAAAUGCAAACACAAGCAAACUGGCCAUGAGUACGCCGUCAAGAUCGUCAGCCGUAGAAUGGAGGCAAACACUCAGAGAGAGAUUGCUGCCUUGAAGCAGUGUGAGUCUCACCCCAACAUCGUCAAGCUGUAUGACAUCUUUACUGAUCAGUAUCACACAUAUUUAGUGAUGGAGCUUUUGCGAGGUGGGGAGUUGUUGGAAAGGAUCAAGAGGAAGAAACUGUUUGGCGAAGCAGAGGCCAGUCAGCUAUUACAGAGCCUGGUCUCAGCUGUCAGCUUCAUGCACGAGGCUGGAGUCGUACACAGAGACCUCAAACCAGAGAACGUGCUGUUUGCAGAUGACGGGGAGGACUCUGUGCUGAAAGUAAUAGAUUUUGGAUUUGCUCGCCUGUGCCCUGCAGGCAGUGCCCCCCUGCAGACUCCCUGCUUCACGCUGCAGUAUGCUGCACCAGAGCUUUUCGAGAGUGCAGGAUAUGAUAAAUCCUGUGACCUCUGGAGUCUCGGGGUCAUCCUGUACACCAUGCUCUCAGGCCAGGUGCCGUUUCAGAGUGAGCAGCGUGGAAUGACCUCAUCAUAUGCUGCCGACAUCAUGCAAAAAAUAAAAGAGGGGGAUUUCUCAUUGGAUGGGGAGCCCUGGAAGGGUGUGUCAGAGGAUGCCAAAGAGCUUGUUAAAGGCCUGCUAACGGUGGAUCCAGAGAGCCGUCUCAAACUCUCUGAUCUGAAAGAGAACAGCUGGCUUCAGGGUGGAGCAUCCAUGUCCACCACUCCUUUGUGCACACCAGAUGUGCUCGAGUCCAGUGGGCCCACUGUCCGCACUUAUGUCAAUGCUACCUACAAGGCUUUCAACCGAGGUAAGCGAGAAGGCUUCUUUCUGAAAAGUGUCGACAAUGCUCCCCUUGCAAAACGACGAAAGAUGAAGAUGACCAGCACAGGAGUAGAAACCCGAUGGAGUUCAUCCUCUUCGUCUUCGUCUUCUUCCACUUCCUCCACUGCCUCUGCAACAGCAUCCAAAACACAGCCAAAGCAAGCCGUGAUCCCAAAGCAGAGCUAGCCUGGCAACAGAACAGGGAGAAAGUGUUAUGUGCUUGUACGGCAGCACAACGUCCUCCAGCGGUCAGUUAAAAAAAGCAAAAGCAUACUGACAAAUGAGAACACUGUCUUCACUUCAUGUAAAAUAUAAUUCCACUUUAGCAGCUGCAGGUUUUCAUUCCUCACGCUGUAUUCUUUAAAAAUCAAAACAUGUAUUUUCUGUGAUGGAAGAGGAGGCCUGACUGUCAGAAACUUUUAAUACUUAUUCAGUAUUCACUCACUUUAUUUUGGUGAGAUCGCACACUAAAAAUUAAAAAUGAGACAUUUACCUGGUUUCACUGUGGGUAAGAAACAGUGCCUGGCUACAUAGGGAAAAGGGAAAAAAGGAGCCAUAAAAAAGCAGAAGCCAUAUACAAAGCAAAAGAAGUGAAUACAUCCAUUAAGUCAUUGUGAAGAGGCACACAUUUGCACACAGCAAAUGAACAGUCCUUCCAGUAAUUUGCAGGUUUAAUUCUUUGAUUGUACUGCCGAGUUUUUUGCCACAAAUAUAAUGAUUAACACAAAAACUGCAGAAGUCGAGACUGUGCUCUGUUAAGAGCGAGCAAGAUUCAGGUGUUUGCAGAGAAUGUCAAACGAUCAAAUGGUUUAAAAAAAAAAAAAAGCAGCAAAUUUCUGGAAGGAUGGAGCACAGAGAGAGAUUACUGUGGCGUGCAAAACCUUAAGGAUUCUAUAGGAUGAUUAAUGCUGUCGGUCUUUGCAAAGAAGCUGCACCUGCAGUACACUACUCACUGUACGGAUCCCGCUGAACACUUUGAGGAGCUUGGAUUAUGUGGCUCUGAAGAAGUGCUUUGAUUGUGUGACAAGAUGUGUCCAACAGUAGCAGCUGUUUAAAACAAAAAAAAGACAUGGAGACACAGAAGCAGACAUGCAGUGGAGUGCGAUUUUCAUCAUACUUGCUGUAUAUUACUCGCGCUAUCGUGCCUGUCUGAAAAUUUCUAGCAUGCUAAUCUGUUGUGAUGAUGGACUGUAAGAACUUUUUCUAUUUUUGGUAUCUUUGAGUCAUUGAAAAAAAAAAAAGCACUUGGAGUAUUUUCUGUUUUUCUACGCUACCAAGUGCAGCUCAAGUGUUUGCACGUAGAUGGAAGCCAAAUGUGGCUGGUGAUUUUGAACGCACAUCGCCUUUGUGAACUUUAAAUGAUUAUUACAGUUUUUAUUCCUGAUGGCCUCAAAUGCGGGCGGUAGUCUGAUUGCAAGGUUGAUGCUCAACGAUUAAGCUCAUCCAGGCUGGCUUUCGUCUUUAUUUUUCCACAGAAGUGAUUUUAAAACAUUUUAUGGCUUUGAACUUCAAAUUACGUUUCAGAAUGAGACACCUAAUUGUGACUUUUUUUGUUGUUUUUUUAAGGAUGGGGCCACCAUCCUAUGAGAGCUUUGUAUAUAAUCAUCAUGCUUUAGAGAAAAAAUAAUGUAUGUAAUGAUUUGAAAUUGAUCAGCUGUUUGGGUGGUAUAUUGUUAUGUUUUUUAAUGGACUUGCCUCUUUUUUUUCUUUUUUACAUGUUGCACAGUCAGUUGAUCAGUUAAACACAUUUCAGCUUUAAAGGUGCUUUCACUGAUAUUUAUUACAUGUAAUUGAUUUUAAUGCUGUGGUAAUGGGAUUAUCAUAAUUUGGCUCUUGUUGUGUACCAGCCCGGCGUGAAUGUUGCUGUAUGAUAACUGAGUGGCGAUGGGAGAUUGGUUGUAUUGAUAUUUCUGAACCAGAUGAAGCAUAAUUGCAAGUUUUACUGUAAUAUUUUCCUGUUGUUGUUUGAAGCCGUUGUCUGUUUGAAGGUAACCAGUUGUUUGUUUGGUAUUUUUACUUAAGAAACUGCUUUUAUUGAUGUUGGUAUUAUUUGGUUGUCAUAGAUAUUCUCUCUUCUCUUUUCCCGAGCAUUAUUUUACUGAGUUGCACUGUCUCUGGUGUUGUUGCUGGGAUUUGUCUUUUUGCACCGCAGUGUUUUUAUUUUAUUUUUUUGGCUGGUGCAAAAUAAACAUUACUUUUCAAUAGA